AUGGAGCUGGGAAAUCUGACUGUAGAAGAAUUUGUUCUGGGAUUUCUGGAUCUUCCCAAACUGAGAGAAUUCCUCUUUGGGAUUUUCUUAUUCAGCUACAUGAUCAUCCUGGCAGGAAAUGGACUCAUAAUUAUAAUCACUACGGAUCAAACUCUCCACACACCUAUGUACUUUUUCCUUAGGAACCUCAACUUCUUGGAAAUCUGUUAUACAUCUGUAACUCUGCCCCGAAUGCUGAUGAGUCUCCAGGCACAGGAUGGAUCUUUUUCUUUCCUUUUGUGUGCUGCACAGAUGUGUUUCCUCCUAAUUCUUAGAGUCACAGGGUGCUUUCUCUUGGCUGUGGUGGCAUAUGAUCUUUACGUGGCCAUAUGUAAUCCGCUGUGGUACCCGAUUAUCAUGAGCCACAAGGUGUGUGUCCUGCUGGUAGCUGGUUCCUGGAUCAGUGGCAUUUUGGUCCAGAUAGGGCAGACGGGUCAGAUAUUCUCCCUGCCCUUCUGUGAUUCCAACAAGCUGAACCAUUUUUUCUGUGAUGUCCCACCAGUACUCAAGCUGGUCUGUGGGGACACAUCUAUGAAUCAACUCUCAGUCUAUGUUGUGGCCCUACUCUUUGUAACAGCCCCAUUUCCCUUGAUACUCAUAUCCUACAUCAAAAUCAUCUCCACCAUCCUGAAGUUACCCUCGGCCACGGGGAGGUGCAAUGGCUUCUCCACCUGUUGUUCCCACCUCAUUCUUCCCACCUCGUUCUUUGGAUCUGGUAUCAUCCCAUAUCUACGGCCCAAAUCAAGACACUCCAUGGGUAUGGGCAAAUUUCAGUCUUUGUUCUACACCACUGGAACACCAGUAUUUAACCCCAUGAUGUACAGUCUGAGAAACAGGGAGGUAAUUGUUGCCCUGAUAAAAUUUCUAUCACAAAGAUUCAUUAGGGUAAACAUGUCAAAAAAUGGAAUCUCUGCAGUGUCUGCAGACUAUUUCACAUGCAAAGGAGGUCAGAUAUCCAAAAUCUUCCCCAAUAAGCUUCUGACCUAUAAUGUGACCAUGCUGAUCGUGACGGUUCCUUUCCUGUUGAUCCUCAUGUUCUCCAUCAAAAAUCAUCUCCCUUUCCAGAAACUGUCCUUAGAUUAUGGGAAAGCACAAAGCCUGCUCUAUCUGCUCUUCCCACCUCAUUGUCAUCACCUUGUUCUUUGGAUCUGCUAUCCUCAUGCAUUCUCUGGCCAAGUCAAACCACUCAGGAGAUGUGGACAAACCUGCUGUCCCUCUACCCCUAUGUUCAACCCACUGAAACCCAGCCUGAAAAAACAGGAGGUGACCACAGCACUUAAGAAAUCAUGUAAGACCUGA